UGACCUUCAAAAUACCCGCCUGCAUUGCUUCUAAGCUUUACGGAUGUUCCCAUCAUUAUGUAGGAGGGGAUUCUUGACUACCAAGGUGUUACAAUUUAGAAGUACAUACAGAUGUGAUCAUUAUAAACUCAAAACCCAUAUAAAGCCUUUAAAAUGUAUUUCAUCACUGAGGCUUACUGUUGGCACUGGACUUUUCAUUGCUCUGCAUUCAAAGAUAUCUCCUGAAUCCUGGAUUCAAGUUGUGCAAUGUGAAGUUGAUAGUUAUCAUACAGAUCAGAUCACGACUACAGAAAGCGGAGGAAUGCCUCGGUACAUUGGAGCACUGAUACUUCCUGAUUGUGUGUAUUUAUUCGGUGCCAUUCUGAGUGCAUUUGUAGCUGCAGUUAUGAAUGUUUACAUACCACUUUACCUUGGGGAUUUCGUUAGUUCUCUGUCAAGAUGCGUCGUGACUCACGAAGGGUUCGUUUCUGCUGUGUAUGUCCCUACACUUAGAUUGUGCUCUUCAUAUAUACUACAGUCACUAUCCACAUUCUUGUACAUUGGACUAUUGGGAGCUGUCGGUGAACGUAUGGCAAAACGUAUGCGGAUUCAAUUAUUCCGAAAGUUAGUCUAUCAAGAUGUAGCCUACUUUGAUGUACAUAGUUCUGGAAAAUUAGUAGAAAUUAUUGGAUCAGAUGUACAAAACUUUAAAAGUUCAUUCAAACAAUGUAUUUCACAAGGUUUACGUAAUGGGAUUCAAGUUGUUGGAUCUGUAUUUGCAUUAUUAAGCAUAUCGCCUACUUUAACAGCUGCACUUCUUGGUUGUUUACCAUGUGUUUUUUUAAUUGGAAGUUUAAUGGGCACUGAACUUCGUCAUAUUAGUCGUGAAGUUCAAUCACAAAAUUCUCUACUCGCUUCGUUAACUGAUGAGGUGUUUAGUCAUAUACGAACAGUGAAAUCUUUGACAAUGGAAGAUUUCUUAAUUGAUAAAGUAAAUUAUAAUGUGAAUAAAUCUAAAAUGUUAAAUGAAAAACUUUCGUUUGGAAUUGGUUCAUUUCAAGGUCUUUCCAAUUUAACAUUAAAUGGUGUUGUUCUUGGAGUACUGUAUGUCGGAGGUCAUCUAAUGUCUCGGGGUGAAUUAGACGCUGGAAAUUUAAUGUCAUUCCUAGCCACUACACAAACGUUACAACGUUCACUUACUCAAUUAUCCUUACUAUAUGGACAAGUAGUUCGUGGAUAUACGGCAUUAAAACGUAUUCAUGAUAUAUUGGCAUUACCUGACGGAAUUGGUUGUAUAACAUCAUCAUCUUCAUCGUUAGUGGUUAGUAAGCAACAUUUGACCAACAUAAGUGAAGUACAAUAUCUUUCUUCAUACUCUGCACCGAGUAUAGAAUUUUCCGAUGUCAAAUUUGUUUAUCCGAAUCGUCCGGAAACGAUUGUGUUAAAUGAAUUGUCAAUGUUUUUACCAGGGGGUAAAGUGAUCGCUCUGGUUGGUCAGUCUGGUGCAGGUAAAUCUACUGUUGUCUCUUUACUGGAACGUUUCUAUGAUCCAGUAUCUGGCGAAAUUUUAUUAAAUAAUUGUAAACUAACUAAUUUCAAUGUGAAUUAUUUACGUAGUAAAUUAAUUGGAUAUAUUAGUCAAGAACCUCAAAUAUUCAAUGCAUCAAUAAGAGAGAAUAUACGAUUUGGUCGUUUUGAUGCUACUGAUGAAGAGGUUGAAGAGGCAGCUAAAUUAGCUUAUGCUCAUGAAUUCAUUUCAAAUGAUUUACCAUAUGGUUAUGAUACACCAGUUGGUCAAGGUACUGGUACAACAGCUGGUUUAAGUGGUGGUCAACGUCAACGAAUUGCAAUAGCACGUAUCUUAUUGAAAAAUGCACCAAUUCUAUUAAUGGAUGAGGCUACAUCAGCUUUAGAUACUGAAUCUGAAGCCAAAGUACAAAAUGCAUUAAAUAAUGCAAUGAAAGGUCGUACAGUUCUAAUUAUUGCUCAUCGAUUAAGUACAGUACGUAAAGCUGAUCUAAUUUUAGUUAUGUCUAGAGGGCAAAUAGUGGAGGUAAGUUUGAAUUGUUACUUAUCAUAAACAUGGUUACAUAAAUUUUACUUUGUUGUUUUUGCCUAUGAUUAAUACUGUUUUUUGUUAAGAAAAUAAGAGUGAAACAAAUAAUAUUUCUAUAAAAACGGAUAGUGAUUCGAGUGGUUUUCUGGUUGGUUUUUGGUUCGAAAGCUGAAUAUUAUGAUCAAUCAUUAGAAAUCAGAAUCUUUCUAGUUGUAGUUAUAUUCGGGGUUGAAUACAAAAUCAAUCACUUUUGUAAUUUAGGCUCCAUGAACAGAUGAGUCGAUAUUCACCAAUUACUUACUCCUGUUACUCUUCAUAGAGGAGCAUAGGCUGCCCACCAGUACUCUCCAUCCAACCCUGUCCUGGACAAUCCCUUCUAGUUCUUUUCAGUUGUUAUUCAUCCUUUUCAUAUCUGCGUCUAUUUCCCAACGUAAUGUGUUCUUUGGCCUUCCUCUUUUCCGCUUCUCUUCAGGAUUCCAAACUAGGGCUUGCCUCGUGAUGCAGUUUGAUAUUCACCAUUAUGUUCUAAGCAGUAGUAGUGUCUAACCAAGAAAUCUAGAAUACUAUACAUCUAAUUAGUUAGUAUUCGUGCAUUGAGACUCGAACCCAAUACCGAAGGACUAUCCAUUAAAAUAUUAAACAUUAAUUGGAUUAUACUAUUAGGCAGUAAUCAACACAAACAAUACAAAUAUGAUAAAACUUUUAAUUUCGAUGGAUUGUAAUGUAUCUUCUCAAGGGGCCUUCAUGACAACGAGGCGAAGAAGUGGAUAACACGAUGGCGUUUGAAGCGAACAGUACUGAGUUCGAGUCUCGGAGUGAAUAUCAACUCCGGGAUGCAAUUCGUUCGGCUGACGAGUCCCAAACAGGACGAAACACGCGUCCUGGAUUCCACUGCUAGCCACUAUCCAUCUUUGCUUAUAGUAAAGUAAAUAGUUUGAAAAAUAUUAUGCUUCAUCGACAAACUUAACGGUUACGUAUAUAGAUGAAUUUCACGUAGUUAUGUAACCACUGAACUAUUUUAAAUUUUACCCUAGAUUCAUUUUGUAACAAUUUUGAAUUAGAAAUUAACUCUUUUAAUUAACUUGAUUAACAGUUUAUUAUUGUCGGUAUUUGGAUAGACCAGAUAUUGUCGUACAACUAUCUGUAAACUGUAACCAGUGUAGAGCCUUGCAAAAAUGUACUUUAGACAAACGAAAUGAUAUUAACAUGAUAUAUAGCUAAGGGGUCAAAAUUACUUUAGAAUUAGUAGUACUAGUGAUAGCAAAGAAAACUAAACAUCGAGAUUGUAUUUAGAGAAAAUGGAAUGAAGAGGUACGGAGGUGCAGAAACUCAAUAUGCAGAAGAAUAUCGAGAAUGAAUGUGAUAUGCACUACUGUGGUCGGUUCUGAGCCAUGCCACCCAGUAUAUUCAACCGCUGAUGCAAUUAUCAUGUAGACUUCAACCGAAUAGUCCGAACCUAGCUUAGAUCAUUAGUCAAUGAUUUGAUGAACUGAUGGUAAGUGUUUUUUUAAAACGAAUCCUACAACCAUCAUUACAAGUUUCAAAGUAUCCAUAGAUCAGACACCAUACAAUGAUUGACUUCCGUGAUUAAAUGCCGGAAGACCAAACAUAAUUAUAUUGCAGUUUGUCUUCUGAAAUGAUGUGAUUAAUGUGUGGCAAAGUACGAAAACCGACUCACAAAUAUUGAUUUAUUAACAUAGUAUAAAAGUAGAUUCUUUCAUCUAGUUCCUCUUGUAUUUAUGUAAGAUGUGACAAAUUAGACCCCGCAACAAUUUAGUGUUAAGUUUUAUAUUGAUAAUAGCUGAUCAAUUGAUUGAUAGUGUAUAGUAAAAUAUAUCACUCCUGUUGUUGUUAGUUGUAUACCGUGUAUUGAUGGUUAAACAGAGUGUAGAUAUAGAUAUUACUAACGUUUUCUAUUUCAUAUUUGUUGUAACAGAGCAAAGCAUAUUCAUAUUGUGUUGUGGUUAUUGUCCUUUUUUCCAUAGAAGGGAACUCAUUCAGAAUUAAUGGCAAAUCAUGGUUACUAUUAUAAUCUUGUACAGAGACAAGAAGGUUGUGAUGUAUUCGAGUAGAUAAUUUAGUAAUUUUUUCUCAUUUUGUUUUUAUUUCCCUUCCGCCUUUCUUUUGUAUGCUCCCUUGGAUUUUUCUCCAAAAUAUAUUAUUUCUUUGAACAACUCGGAGAUCGCAGGUAUUGUAUCUCACUCACUCACUCACUCACUCACUCACUCACUCACUCACUCACUCACUCACUCACUCACUCACUCACUCACUCACUCACUCACUCACUCACUCACUCACUCACUCACUCACUCACUCACACUUUCUCUCUUGUUCUACAAUCCAUCUCUUGUGAAUAAUGUUCGUUUAGUAGUUAACUACUAUUUGUAUGUGUGUAUGGUUCUCGAUUAUAUUUCGUGAUAUGACAACGUGGGUUCGAUUUAUAUACAUUUAUACCUAGUCUUUCGUCGUUUAUAAUUGAUUAACUGAUUUUUUUAAUUGUAUCAAACUUCUCGCUAGGAAAUGAUCGAUGUGUUUAGAGAUCAAAAUCAUUCACCUGAGCUACAAAUCUUCUCUACCAUCUCAGUAUUUAAAGAUUAUUCUAUCUGCAUCAAUGCAGAGAUGCCUAGACAGAUAGUGCCGUUAUGUAGCGCAUACAAAUUUGUUAACAAUUUGGUGUUUGUGGACAUAUGCAAUGUGUUAUUGUGUUGUGAAGGUGAUUUUCACCAUUGAUAUUAACUGAAAAAGCAAAGAAUAUCGGAUAGUUGUUUCGUCUUAAUCUAAUACCCUUUCCAUCAAUGCAAUUUGAAUCCUAGGGACCUUAAUGUCAGCGGAAAUGAACACAAUACUAUUAGGUAUGAGACUCAAACAGUUUUUCAAUAUUUUUUAAGUUCGAUCAAUUUGCAGUGCAUAGAACAAUCAUUCAUCAAUGUUGUUUAUCGACAAUAUUGGCUAUGAAAUAAUCAACUAGAAAAGGUCAGUCAGUCAGCUACAACGUAGGACCAGGCACAUAUGUGCAUCGGUCUAGGUUGCCAUACCGCAUUAGCACAGCAAGAUGAACACCGGACUCAUAGGAGUGGUUAGGUCAAAGGUGGUAAUAUAUAAGAGAAAGAUUGCAUAUAAGGAUACAGUACAGGAAGAAACAAUUAGUUAGUAGGAAGAAAGAUAUGAAGUGAUUUUAAUCUCUUAGUUUAAGGGAAGUCAGGGAGUGUAUACACCGACACCAUUGUGAUCGAUUCUGAGCCAUGUCACCAAGAGUCUCCAACCAUUAAUUACGAAAGUCAAGCGGACCCCAACCAAGUAGUCUGCAUCUACCAACAUGGUUCAGACCAGAGGUUAGUGUUUUCAAGCACUGAUGCCACGUUUUUGUUUGACCGCCCCUAACUAGAAAAGGAGCCAAUUUCGAACCCAACGCUACUUCAUCAGUUUGUCUGUAUUACUGAUUAGCGAAUAUAAAUUGCAUAUUGAAAAUGUAUCAAAAGAGUAAUUCCUUCAGUUAGCGUUUCAGAACACAUAGACCAUGGUUACCGUUUUUAAUAUAACCACAUAGAAAACAUAUUGUCGCCAUUAGGUGAAUUUCUAUAAAGUGUAACUUAAUGCCUGUUAAUAUCUUUACGGUUACAUUUAUGUUUAUAACUGAAUCAACAAAAUCAAAUGAAUCGUGUAUAUUGUACCUAUUGAGGUAAUUUCUAAUAAGUAUUGAAUAUUUUAUUCAUAAACAGCGUAGGACUUGGUACACAUUUAUGUAUAAUUUCAAGUUAUCACAUCGUAUUUCCCCAACGGGAUGAAAUUAUCAAGACAAAUACAAGAGUAGUAGAAGUUAUAAUAGUAUCAGUGGUAGCGUGAAACGUUAGACAUAGGCAGUAUGAUUCGAGAAAAAAGUAUAUAUGUGUGGAAAGGAAUGAAAUAAUUUCAAAAUCCAAGAUCUAAGAGAAGACAGAAUGAAUCCUUCUAUUCUAUUCUAAGUCAACUCACACAAUGUCACCAACUAUUCGUUACGAUAAUCAAAAAGACUCCAAACAGAUAGUCUGUAUAUUAGCGAUUCAUCCAUCAAGAUUUAUAAUCUCAUAAAUAUAAGUUGAUUUAUAUUUUAAGUCAUUACAUUUGCAGAACAAUUUGAAUACGAGUAGCUCAAUUUCAUAGAUUUGAAUGUUGACCCAUCGGAUUUGAAAAAUUGCAAAGUUUGUAUCUUAUUUAUUUAUUUGAACACAUAAAUAUUGGUACAAGAGAGCGCCAAUAUAUAUGCGCCACACAAAACAAUGAGAAUGCGAAAAGAAAUAGAAAAAAAAACUAAGGAGCGCAAAAGAGAAAGAGAACAAUAACGAAGAGAUUGGUGUAAGGUAGUGUGGUAGUAAUGAGGGAACGGAAUGGUACAAUCGGAAAUCUUUCAGGUAAGAGAGACACAACCACUUUUUAUGAAGAAAGUAAAAGAAGG